AUUUUCCUAAGGUAUAUAGUAUGCACAUUUAAAAAAAUAAUAAUAUUCUGCAUAUAGAUGGUUAUCAACCUUUAACAUAUCCAUACCAUCACAGAGAAAACAAAGAAAAGUGGCUACGGAAUGGACUGGUGAUCAAUUGCGUUCAGAACUAGCUCCAUUCUCAUUCGAAGUUAAAGGGCACAAAGGCAAAUUUGAAAUAAGAAGUGCAGCAUGGGUUUAUGUUGAAAGCCUGGAAUCCCAAGUCAAAACAAUGUUUCACUGUCUAAGACAGUAGGUUUUUGUGUUUACUUACUCUUAGGAAAAAGAUACAUAUAGUUAAAAAAAACUUAAAAAAUAAAUAAAAAUGAAAAUUUAAGACAGAUGCAAUUCUACUUCUAUUUAGGAAUGGACUAUUAACUGAUUACCCCUUCAUGAAUAAUGAAAUACAUGUAAAAAUAGGAGGAGAUCAUGGCGGUGGUUCAUUCAAGCUUUCAUUUCAAAUAUGUAACACAAAGAAUCCAAACAGCAAGUCAAACACUGUGGUCUUCAGUAUCUUUGAGGCCAAGGAUAGAAGAUCAAAUUUGAAAAUUGGGACAAGUCGAUUUACAGAACAAAUUGAUAGACUACAGUCCAGCAAAUUUGGUGACCAGAGAGUAAGAGUAUUUCUUUCGGGUGAUUACGAAUUUUUAAGCAGUGCAUAUGGCAUAACCGGAGCUAACGGGAGACACCCAUGUUUGUAUUGCAUAGCAACAAAAGAAGAAAUACAGAAACCUGUGGAUAUACGUGGAAAAUUUCCUGUAAGAACCCUGGAAACUUUGAAGGAGAAUUUAGCAAAAUUUAGAGACUCUGGUGGCAAUUUGAAGAAUGCAAAAUUCAACUACAAUGUAAUUGAUGACCCACUUUUUAACAUUCCAAUUGACCAGGCAUCUUUACCUGGACUACACAUUUCCUUGGGAUGUUUUUUAAAAUUUUUUACAAUGUUUGAAGAUAAAUGCCACAGUGUGGACAUCGCGUUAGCAACCAAGAUGGCAAACGCUAAUCAGAAAACCCAAGAAGAGGAAUUUAACAAGUUUAUUGCUUUAACAUCAGAAAUAGACUUGUUAGAAAAAAAUAUUGAAGACUGUGAUGAAAAGAUCCAAUUGAUUAAUGACACCAUCAUUGCAGCUGUAAUGCGAGACCCAAACAAUGAGGAUAAAAUUAAAAACAUGUACCAACUAAGAAUUGAACACUUUGAAGCAAAAAAGAUUGAAAAGACCAACCGUAUUGAGGAGUUAAAAGAAGCAAACAAUUUUAAAAAAACUGAUGGUCCUUGUGUGCAAGCAGUUGAUGCUAUCCUCAACAAGCUCAACAUUAAACGCCAAGCUUAUUAUGGUGGUAGCUUUAUUGGAAAUCAUGUAAAUAAAAUGCUUGAGCCUAACAACUUUAUCCAAAUGUGCAAUAUACUUCCAAUCACUGUCACUAAACUUGGAUACAAUGGAUCAGACAUACAUGCAGAUGCUAUUUUACAUGCUGAAAACUUUAAACAGCUGUUUUUACAUUAUUCGAAAUGUCACAAAACAUUAAAUACACGUGAAGUUAUGAACCAAGACAAAAUUGAAAACUUUGGUAGGUAUAUUAUAUAAACACUAAUAAUUGGUCACAUUUUUGCACAAAUUACACACAUAUAUAAAAGCCAUAACAUGUAAACAUUUGUUUUAGAACUAAAUGUAAAAGAACUGAUGGUGUUUCUUCGAGAUAUAUUUCCCCUUCAAUCGAUCACUCCAAAGUUACAUCUACUUGAGGAUCAUGCCGUAAACUUUGUUUCUGCUUGGGGUACAGGUUUAGGGUUCUAUGGAGAACAAGGUGCAGAAAGCAUCCAUGCUGAAUUCAAUGGCAUUGCACGGCUAUACCAUGCAGUAAAACCGGACACAAAUCGUCUACUUUUAAUGACAAAGGAGCAUUAUUUGCGAUGUAACCCCGUAGGACAAGGGAUGGUUCCUGAAAUAAAAAAGAGAAAACUCUCUACUAGCUAGCUCUAGCUGAUGUUUAUAGAGCAUCCCUACACAAUGUGUAUAUCAUGUAUAUAUAAUGUAAAUAUUUUUAUUGGAUGUUCAUUGAAUAGCUAGGCUGACUCACCGUGGUGUGGAAGGUGCCUUUUUCCUUCGACUUUGUGAUAAUAAAAACACCACAAAAAAAAGUGAAAUGGUUUUUAAUUUACUAAACUUACCAUCAGGAUGGUGUUGAUAAGCUAAAUCUAAGAGUCUUUCCCACAGAAAACUUUAGUUAAAAAGAUAUUACAAUUUUACUACACCCACUACCAAUUUUAAUGUUUUGGAAGGGGACGAAGUCCCACGUCAAAUACUGGAGAAAACAAUAAACUUUUUUAUAACUUACUUAUUCCUCCGGCUACAUCGCUCCUUCCUCUUCAGAAAAA